CCAACUGUAUGCAAAAUACUGGCAACAGCGCAACACGCAUUUGGCAACGCACACAUGUAUUUCGCACAACCAAAACGAACAGCAACAUAUAAACACACGCCUUCUAGCAGCGGCAGUGCAUAAUAAUAAUAUUGUUAAGCUAUGCGCUAGACAGGCGUGUGCCUACCAAGAGUAAUAAUCGAUUUGCAGUAAAAUGCGAAGCCAGAACACAGCAGAGCCAGCAACAGAUGCAAAAUGCAGCAAUGACAAAAAAACUGCCGUUCCUGCUGAUGUUGCGGAGCCUUCGCCGUCGCCGUCGUCGUCGAGGUCCGCGUCAAAGCCGACUGUACAGCGCGGCCUGAGCACAAAGGUGGCACUUGCACGGCUGCACGAGGACAUUGAGAGCGUGCUGCUGGAACAUGAGCGGGCCAGCGCCGCAGAGAGCUGCCAUUGUAAGUUGCGUGCGGCAUUCACGAAGCGUUACGACAGUCCUCUGGGCUGGCUGUCCAUUGGCACGACGGUAUUGACCAGCGGCGCUCUCCUGAUCACCGGCAUGUACUGGCCCGCAAUUUGUUUGCUGGUCAUUCUGCUGCUGGAUCUGUAUGUGGUCAUCAGGGAGAGCAAUCUGCGACGCACGGAGAUAUUCCGGAAGACACGGCAUGCAUUGGGCGAACUGCGACUGGCCGAACAGCAUCUCAGCGAGAACUGGCAUGCAACGAACUAUCCACAUUUGAGCAAUCCGAUGUCGCCGUGCGUCUCGCUGCAGUGGACCUAUCGCGACGGACAUAUUGUCAACCUGCCGUGGGCGUUGCUGGUGCGUGGCGAUUGCAUUGUGCUGCGGCCGGGUCAUAUAUCGCCUGGUCCCUGCCAUGAGUUGCAGUCCAAGCGCUUUUUUAAUGCCAGCGAAAUCUAUGGCGCCUCCGCAGCACAGCUUGGCGAUCCGCCUGUCAAGCCCAUGGCACGUGCUCCGCUGCCGGAUCUGGUCUGUUGUCUGGAACGCACACCCUAUCUGGAUAACUUGCGUUUAUGUCUGAAGAACUCACUGAAGCGGCCGCCCACCAUUUACAAUCAACAACGCUAUCUGCUGGUCACCAAGUACAUUCAACAAUGGGGCUUCAUUAGCGCUUUGAUUAUAACACUAUUUGCGGGCCUGCUGCGUCUGCAUGGCUAUGGCCUAGCCACGGAUGAGAAGCAUAAUUGGCGUCAUGUACUGAUUGGUUCGCCCGCGGCUGCUGUUAUUCCAUUGUUGCCGCUUGUUUUUCCACUGCUCUGGAUAUCCAUGAAUUUGUGGGGCAUUGCGCGACUGCAGUGCUUCUUGAAGACGCCACAAGCCAUACUGGAGAAGACCACUAGUAAAUCUUUUGAGGAUUUGGACAUAGAUACACCCGGCUAUGAUUAUGACAGCAUCUCAUUGAUGCGCUCCAAUGUGCUGCGCAUCUGGACGCAACUGUGGCAGGGUGAUAGCGAGCUGCUGCCACGUUCAGCGAAUCUGGUGCAGGUGCUAGGCUCCAUAUCGGCGCUCUGCUGUGUGGAUAAAAAGGGCAUAUUAUCCUGGCCAAAUCCCACCGCCGAGAAGGUCUUCUUUUUGCACAACACCGAUGAGGAACCGCCAGAUGAUGGCAGCCAGCUAUCCGUGUCAACCGAAAGCGACAAUGUGAACGAUGCGGAGAACAAGGAGCGCGGCAUUGUCGCCGAAGUGCUCGAUCUCACACACGAUCAGCACUGUCCAUUUCGCCUGGAAUUCGAUGAUCACGAGUGGAAGGCACACAUCAAAUCACUGAAGCCUUUGGGUCUGGCCAUAUUAUUGAACACCUGCUCGCCGCUUACACAUGAGCACUAUGCACAGUUUUGUGGUCACGUCAGCGCCGUGGCGAUGCUUGACAAAGAUUUGGUGCCCGUGACAAAUCGGUAUGCGAUGUUUGAGUCCAGUAUGAAAUGCCUAUUGCAUGGACGCUGUCUGUGCGAGCUAGCCAAACAAAUUGGCUUCACCGAUCAUGCAACGGAUCGCUUUGCCCUGGAGGGUCAGCUGGCCAGCUAUAGGCAUUUGCAACCGGAUGUGGUGCGUCGGGACAUACGCUUUGCGCGCCAGCUACAGCUGUCGACCAAGGUGAAGGUUCCAUUUCCGCACUCCUUGUCGGUGGUGAUGCGUGAGAAUCCCGGCGGCUAUCUGUCGCUAUUCACACAGGGCACCGCGGACAUUAUACUGGACUGUUGCGACGAUUUCUGGGACGGCAAGGAUUUGCGACCAUUGUCGCCGCAGGAUCGCAAACGUGCAUUGGACUUUUAUCAGCGCAGCGCACUGACCUCCUACUGCACUGCGUUCGCCUAUCGGCCGUUGCGUCAUGGCAUCCAUGGAGCGCUGAGCGGACCGCUGCACAGCAACGGUCAGAUCGCAUAUCUGGAGCUGCCGCCAGAGUCGAAGCUGCGCAUGCAGCAUGUGGACAAGUCGCACUGCGAUUUCGAGGGCGGACAUCAUGUAAAGCUGAGCCAUAGUAUUAGCACGGACUCGCUGCUCUUUUCGGAGAGCAAGGAUGAGGAUUGCAACGAUGUGGAGGGCUGCUUUGAGAUGCAGUGCCAUCAGGUGUUCAUUGGCAUGGUGACCAUGCAGUAUCAGGCACAAAAUGACAUUGUUCAUUUGGUGGAGCGGCUGGAGCGCGCCUGCAUACGCUUCGUGCACUUCAGCAAGGAGAACGAGCUGCGUUCGCGCGUCUUCUCCGAGAAGAUGGGCCUCGAGUCCGGCUGGAAUUGUCACAUUUCGCUGCUCAGCGAACCAGAACCGGAGCCUCAAAAGCUGGCAAACAGCAAAGCCAAGGAUACAACAGACCAACGGCCGGGCAACAGCAAGUCGCUGAAGAAUGCGGGUAAAAUGCAUGAGAACCAUACAACCACCAACAAACCCACUAUAGCCACCAAAGCCACCAGCACCACCAUUACAGAUAGCGUUGCCAUUCAUCCAUCCAGUGAACAGGUCAUGUACAUCCAGCCAUCCGAUGCAGUUGAUGCAACGGCCACGCCCAUUGUUAAACAGACUACUGAUCUUGUAGGUGAUCCAAUCGAUGGCCCCAAAUUGAGCUACUUACUCGAGCCGCCCAACAAUUUAGAGUCCUCGAAAACGUUGAGCUGCUCAGCGCCCGGUGCCAUAUCCAAUCCCGAUGAGUGCAACAAUACCCCAAACGAGCAUUCAAAUGCUGCCGAUGAGUUAGAUGCAGGUGGCGAGCCAGCUGGUGUCGAUGGAGAACCGAAUGGAGAACGGCAUAAGCAACGGCAUUCACUGGACUCGGCCAUGGAUGAGAAUUGCCGUUCGUUGAGCACGCUCACAGAGAGCACGGAUCAGAGUGCGCCGAUUAAUUUUGAUAUGUCGAAUCGGGCCAAGUUGCCGCGCGGCAUUGAGAAUAUACGACCGCAUCUGGAGCAGGUGGACAAUGUGCCGUUGCAGGUGUCGCUGUUCACAGACUGCUCCGCGGAGGCGACACGCCAGAUGCUGGACAUUAUGCAGUCAUAUGGCGAAAUUGUUGUCUGCCUGGGCAGCUCGGCGAGCAAUGAUAAUGCCAACAUCUUUUUGCAGGCCGACUGCAGCAUUGCUGUCGAGCCGCUCUAUCCGCAGGUGUGUCAGGAUGUCGAUGCCUACACGGAGGCCAAUAUACAGCACAAUAAGCUACACUGGCAACGUCAGUGUCAGGGCAAAUCUUCAGCCAUGGACGGACCGUGCGAACAGUUGCUGGAGUCUGGCGCACGCGCCAUGCAAUCGCCCGCGCACACCGUCUCGCCCAUCUAUUUGAGCCGGCUGCUCAACUCGCUGCCCUGCUCGAUAGCCAUUUGUCGCGACGACCCGCUUUCGCUGGUGGCCAUAAUUGAGCUGUCACGCCGCUUCUCGCUGGGCCUGUGGAAUUGCAUACAGUUCUGGGCCUGCUGUGCCGGCUCCAUAUCCAUAUUGAAUGUGCUUUGCGCGUGCCUCUCGCUGCCGCCGCUGCUAACCCCGCUGCUGGGCAUCUAUUUGAUGUGUGUCCCUGUGCCAUUGAUUGCCAUCUCGUUGGCGCACAUCGAUCUCGAUCCAAAGAUCAUGAAUCGUGCGACAAGCAAAAAGCAAACCGAAUACGAUUCACGUGCCUUUGCGUUUGUCAUGUGGUGCUACGGCUGCAAGUUCCUGGUGCCCGUACUGGCCGUGCUUGUUGGCUACUGGAUGUGCAUGACGCAAACGUUGUCCGGUCGCCGGCUGGACGAUAGCUCCGAUGAGCUAGAGGACAUAGAGGCUGCUGAGAACGAGGCCGAAUUUUAUCAGUGUCUUUAUAUAGCGCGCAGUUGUGCUUUAUUUGCAGUUCUGCUGCAUUUUGUGCUCGUGUCUUUGUCAUUUGUGCAUCGUGAUCAUGCGCUCUGGCAGCGCAAUCCUUUGCGGAAUCACAUAUGGGCGUCCACGUGCCUGGUGCUGUUGCUGUUGCACGGCUUCGUCUGUGGACUGCAAAUGUUGUUGGAUGAGUCGCUCGAACAGCUAUUGCCACAGCUCUGGCUGCCUAUUCUCGUGCUAUUUGGCAGCAGCUUGCUGAGUCUCAUCAUCAGCGAGCUGGCCAAGCUGCAGGAGAACAAAGUAAAUGCGCGCUAUCAGCGUCGGGCGCGACUUGAUUUUGGCACCAAGCUGGGCAUGAAUUCGCCAUUCUAAAUGUAACCAAAACGAAAGACUUGGUAGCUUGGUGUUAGAUGUACCAAGGCUCUGUAUAUAUCAUAAACCAAACGCUUUCUAAUAAUUAAUAAUAUGUUGCUUUAGUACAUAUUGAUUAUAAUUUAAUUCUUUAAUGUGCCUGUGAAUAAUUUGUUUUAAUCUAUUAUUUAAUGUAUGCAAUAUUUUUAAUUAUUUGUGACAUCCGCAUUUCUUGUUAGCUUUUAAAAUGUUCGAUUUUAUUGUUGCUUGUUCCAAUGACAAAAACUUCUUCUACUAACAUUUAAAAGACUUGCAAUUAUUAUAUAAAUUAUACAUAUUUCUGGUAAAUAAAACAAAUAAAGACAACUGCGUGUAAAUAAGUAAAAGUUA